AUGUCAAAUAAAGCGGCAUUGUUGCCUUUGAUCCUGGAAAAAGUUUUCGAAAAGUACUCUGCCUCCAAUAUUGAUAAUAAUUUAGGUGAUUUGUUUGUGGAAUUAAAUGCCAUAUUGACGGCACGUGUGGUUAAGGCAGCUUUAAAUUUACUGGACCACCAAUGUAUUGUGGUCUAUCACAAUAUCCCCAAAACUAAACAAGUAGCACAAGUAAACGAGAGUUCCUCAAAAAUCAUUUGGGUAUUUCCUCAUGUUAAUUACUGCACUUGUACCUACUUCCAAGAGCAAGUAUUGGGUGCCAAAGAUCCAAGUACAUCCUCCUACACCUGCGAACACGUUUUGGCUUUACGUUUGUCUCAUCUGCUUAAAAGCGAUAAGAGGAUAAUCACCAGAGCGACUGAUUGAUGCAAUAAAUGUACCCCAUCUUUGUGGUCUCAUGCAACAUUCGAAACUUCUGUAUGAAAAAGGAAUUUUGCACAAUUUGAAAAUGUUGACACAGUCCCAAUAUUCCAAUUUCAAAUUCGUGGCUCGCCUUGAUCAAAUAAAGACAUUAACUGCGGGCAUAAAGUCUCUGACCUUUGGAGAGUAUGGUGCCUUUAUGGUCAAUGAGGACGGAUUCACAUGUACUGUAGAACAGGGCAAAUGUAUACAGGCCUCGUUGUUUUUGAUGCCCGCUUGCUUUUCGGAAUUCCAUGUGGAUGGUGUGGUUCAUUUCAACAUAAAUAUGAAUGUGCUCAACGAAUGUCUGAGUAUAUUCUCGGGCAUUGAUUGCAGCUUGAAAAUGUUCUACAAAGGACCCGAAGCUCCUCUCGUUAUUGUGUUGGAACCCAAAGAUGAAAGUGACAUAAGUACAGAAUGUUCUAUAAAGACCAUGCUGCAAGAUGAAAUAAUGGAGUACGCUUUGGAUGAGAACAGUUCAAGUUUGAAUGUCCUUUUUAUAAGGGGCCCUGAAUUAAUGACUAUUUUCCAAGAAUUUGAUAAAUCCACAGAAGAAUUGGAAAUUACAAUAUCUCCUAGAAGACCACAUUUUAAAAUUGAUACUUUGGGUGUGAUGCAGUCCGAAUCGAGUAUUGAAGUGGCAAAAACAAGCGACAUGAUUCUCAUGUUCAACUGUCGCGAGACAACAAAGGCGCGUUAUAAAUCCUCAUUGAUACGCCUGACACAGAAAGCACUGUCCGUUUCCAGCAAAGUUGCAAUUAAGACAGACCUCAGCGGUUUAAUGGAAAUGCAUUUUAUGCUUCAAGAUUCUAGUGAAGCAGAAAUAUAUAUACAAUUUUUCAUAACACCUAUGGCCGAUAUUGAAAUGUAGGAAGAAGGUAUCAUUUGAUUUUAUUUUCUAGGACCCAACAUUGUUACAGACCAUGUUAUAAAAUAGAUAGAUAUUAUUUUUAAGUUUUUAAAUAUAUGUACGUACAUUUGUUACAGUUUACAUUUAAUGGAA